CAUUAACAACCUUUAGACAUCGUUCAUCCACCACCACCACCUGCCUUCGCCAAAAGCAGCUUUUGUUAUAUUGAGGUGGACAGAGUCAAAUAACUCACAAUAGCUAGCACAAACGACGGAACUCGUUAUAAGAAAAAAGCUCUUUGAUUGAUUGGCGCCUAGAACUACGCGCUCUUAAUUCUCAAUUGCUUUUCAAAACCAAUUCUUAUUUCAUAAGAGGAAUAUGCUGAGUAGCUAUGAUGGUCUUCACAGCAGAGAUAAUGAACAACAAUUGAGAUAUUUGACUGAGAGUCGUGAGCACAGCUCCUCAUCCUCACAGAGUUUAGUGGACGAACGUAAAAUGAAGUCUUCGACUGAUUUGGAAUCUCUUAAUCAAGUGGCUUCCCAACGUCCAGCACAACGUCCCAUAAGUCUUACAAGGAAUCACAGUGGUGCUUAUGCUCCUGUUCGUCAUCCUCACAAUCAUGGUUUACCAUCGAAUCCUGCUUGCUACAAAACAAUUCCGUCUUCUGCAACUCCAACGCCAUCGAACUCUCUUCCGACAAAUUCAUCUUCACGUUCUAGAAGUAAUUCUAUUCGGAAGCCUUGGUACAAUCGUGACCCUGCACUGAUUUAUCAGAUGCAGGAAAAACAUUAUGUCGAUCGUUUACAUAAAGACGCUGAAAACAGCUACUACGACACGAACGUCGUCCCAUAUUCAGAAGAAGACAGUGACGCCGACUCUGAAACAAUAAGUUUAACACAACCGCGCUUUAAUUUUGAUCAAUUCAUUGACGUUCCGAGUUUGCCCUUUGAUGAGCAAUCCCUCGCAAAUCCGACUUACAGAGAGCGACUAGAAUGGCAUUGUAUGCUCAGUUCUGUUCUUAAGGGUGAAGUUAUGCAGUCGGAGAAGAAACGAAUCAGUGGAAUUUCUAAUUCUGCGGAACGGGAGAACCCAACGGCUGAUCUCUGGCUCGGUUUACAAGCGUGGUUGCAUGGCCGGUUGACAGCUGACCAAGCUAUCAUAAUUCAGGAAGCCCGGUGUGAAGUUGAUGCCGUGCUAAAGGACGUUAUUAAUUUUGAAGUUAAGCAAGGCGAAGGACAUCCGACUGCUUACAAUCAAGUAAAGUCAUUGCUAGAUCGCCUUGAUAAGUGUGAAGGUCUUUAUACCUCGUCUGAAACAAUGGUGCAGGACAAGCCUAUGUACGGCUCUCCCACAUUCACGUAUCACGCCGAAGCACUCCUCUCUUGGUACAAUAUGGUUAAUAGUGUGGCUGUCGAAACUGAGAUUCUUAAAAAAUGGAUUGGAAAUGACUCGUUUGAUAUUACAUUGCGGACUGUACAAGACAACGUCGCAGGUAUUCAAACAAGCUCUUCCUUUAUUGAACGCAUAUUAAAGGAAAGCAGUUUACAAAAGACGUUUGAACAACGUUCACUUGUGUCGCUUAACCGGACGAUUCAUCGUUCUAAGAAUACUAUAGCCACUAAUGCAGAUGCGUUUGCUAAAAUGCACUUGCCUUCCUUUGAAGACAAAGUAUUGGUUCUUAUUAAUUUUCCUACAAGACUAAUUGAAGAAGUUCUUCGUAUGCGACUUGCAUACACGAAACGUUUAAAAGACCCAACGAUGCUUAUUGUCGAUUCAAUGCUGGAUGACUUUAAAAUAGCUAUUGCUGUUGCGGUCCGUGUUAAACGAGAAUAUCAGGCAAUUGCAAGUCCUUUACCUGGAUGGUCCUUACCCCCUAUGGUCGGCGAGACUUACGACGCUACUCUACUUGAUUCACUGAAGUUCUACUUUAAGUUGUUAAACUGGAAACUUGGAAGUGGAAACAAAGCUAUUUGCUUUAAAGAAACCGAGAUUUUAGAAACGGAAUGGGCGUUUCUGGAACAGCAUGCUCGUUAUAUUGAAAACGGUAACAUUCAAAUGGCCGAGCAAUUUAGUCUCUUGGCUAAUAGGCUGCUACUUAAUAUUCAACGCUAUGUCAAAAUUCAAUGCAGAGGCCCGGAAAAGAAGACGGAAUCGACUCUUAACAGAUGGUAUUCACUGUUGCUGGACAACACACGCCUUCGAUUUAGACGAAUCUUGCGAUUUUCUCGUAUUAUUAACUCGAAAUUUGAAAAUGCCGCCGAGUAUUACAUCGACGAAGGCAAUGUACACUAUUUUGUCAACAAUUUGGUCACUAGAGGUUAUUUUUUAGCAUACACUGCUAACUUGGAGCAUGACGGCAUCUAUAUCAUCGGUGAUCCAUCCUUGUAUGAUAAUCCCGAAGGUGUGAAAACACUCUUGCUAGAGUUUGCAUCUCAGGAGAUUGAACAUCUUGCAGUCAAUAACUCUUUUGUUCUUAUAUUUUCCCCUAAAAACUCUAUGGUUUGGAACGGAAGAGUUGCUGAUGUUGACAUUCCUGAUUUUGAAAUUGAUAUUCAACCAGGCCACGUUCGGCUAGUAUCUACAAACCAGCCAGGACAUCUUGAAAAUGCUAAAAGUACCUUUGAAUCACUAAAUAACGGUAUCGUGAAGACCACUAUUGAAUACCGCUCUAGCUUGCCUCGAGUAUACAAGGAGUUUUUAAGACUCAGUAAACUGUGCAUGAAGUUAUCAAUGACAAUUAUGGACAGUGUUGCUACUAUACGCAAGGCCUGUGAGGGUUACGAUUGCCAUCAUUUGAUUUAUUAUGCCUUUACAGCGGCUGCUGAAUUCGGGCAAAGGGUUCUUCGGUUUUUGUGUAUUGACCCGGCAAGGAAAGUAGAAUUUCAACAAAUGCUGGUCAAACUAUCCGUUGACUGGAUAUCGUUCAUUUGCGACGAGUGUGAUCCAACAGAUCGGAAAACGUUUAAAUGGGCUGUUACUUCUCUGGAAUUUGCCAUGAUUAUGACUCAUGGUACGAAUGUCUUAGCAGUUGACGAUGAUAUAUUUGCAAAGUUGCGAGAAAAGGUAGGCAAGGCCAUGGCAUUAUUGCUUUCACAUUUUGAUGUGUUAGGUCUUCGUACAAAGAUUGCUGCAGAAGCAGAACAAGAACGCACAGAAGCAGCUUCUCGUAUGAUCAAGCGGCCGCUUGUGGAUUUGAAGAAUCUGUUACAAGAGGAUGAAACGACAAAGCUUUUGCACGAGGAGAUGCUUAGCCAUCUACAGGAGCUUGAAGAAUGCCGUUUAGCGAAGCAAACUCAACGACAGUUCAUUGGAAGAGUUCUGGAUGACUCUGUCACAGCCAGUAAGGAGUUCCUUCAAUUGGCUUCUUCCCUUUCCAACAUUACGAUGCGUUGGCAGCAAGGCCGUUUUGUUCGAAAUGGUACGUUUGGCAGUGUUUAUGCUGGUGUCAAUCUCGACACUGGCGACUUAAUGGCUGUAAAGGAAAUAAGACUGCAAGAUCCUCACUCUGCAUCAACGUUGGUCAAACAAAUUCAAAGUGAAAUGAGUGUUCUGGAAAUUCUUGAUCACCCGAAUAUUGUUACUUACUAUGGUAUCGAAGUUCAUCGUGACAAGGUUUAUAUUUUUAUGGAACUUUGCCAAGGUGGUUCCCUUGCGGAUUUGCUUUCGCAUGGUCGUAUAGAGGACGAAACAGUGCUACGUGUUUAUGUCUUACAACUUUUGGAAGGCUUGGCAUAUCUGCAUGGCCGGAGGAUUGUUCACAGAGACAUUAAGCCAGACAAUAUUUUGUUGGAUCACAAUGGUAUUAUCAAAUACAGUGACUUUGGUACCGCGAAAGUCGUUGGUCAAGGCGAAAGCGCUAGUCGUGACACAAGUCAGGAUGAUCGCACAACCCUUAACAGUCUAGUCGGUACUCCCAUGUACAUGUCCCCAGAAAUAAUUCUUGGCACUGAGAGUGGCAGACUUGGUGCAAUGGAUAUUUGGGGAUUAGGUUGCGUCGUUCUAGAGAUGGUAACCGGCAUGCGACCUUGGGUAAACAUGGAUAACGAAUGGGCAAUUAUGUACCAUGUUGCUGCUAUGCAUAAACCCACGAUGCCCUCACCCGAAUUACUCUCCGAUGCUGGCCGUAACUUCCUUGAGCGGUGUUUUGAGCGAGAUGCUUUUAAACGUGCAACUGCUGCUGAGCUCCUUCUUGACCCAUGGAAUUCUGUCUAUCAGACAGAAGCUGGUAUCGAUCCUACGACACCAACGAGUGAGUCGUUCAUGGAACUUAACGGCAGCAGUUAAAUCACAGUUCAGAGCUGGCAUUCUUUCCCUCUGCUAUCGCUGCUCUCCCUUUAAACC